GUGUACCUCUAUGUGUUUGAUUGACAGCAGCUGGCAAGACACUCUCCCCCAGCAGGGGAACGAGAGACAAACUAAACAAAGUUGCACUGCGCUUUCUUUAAUAUAUGUAUAUAUAUUUUUAAGAAUUGGUAUUGAAGAGUAAGGACCACAGCAGCAUCUAAAAGGACCGAAAUUACAUUUAAAGGAUUAGACGCCAUGCCAUGCAGACUCUCGAUUCAUCCUUCUGAACGAACCCAUUAACAGUUAAUUUCAUUGUGUCUGCCUUCACGUGGUCCAUUGAGCAGCCUACUGCUUCGUAAGCAUGACGCAUGAACUCUUGUAAGUCCCGUUCGACAGUCCACAGUCCCGUUCGACAGUCCACAUGAGCGUCUCCAAACCCCCACCGCCCCCCUCAACUUCCCACCUGGCCAUCCCCCCUUCCUCUACCUCCACUCCUUCCUCAUCUGCCACCUCCCCCUUGGCGACGCCCCACUCCCACGGUCCUCCCCCUCCCUCGCCGGUCAAGAUCUCUAUGCAGGAGCACUUUGCUAUCAACGUGUGCCCGGGCCCCAUCCUCCCCAUCCCCCAGAUCUCAGACUUUUUCCCACGUUUCCACGACUACCCCUGCACGCCACCGCCUCCGAGGGAGAAAAAGAUCCUAAAAGAGGAGACUUUCAACGGGGAGACGGGUGUAGGAUACAAGGAUGGGGAGAGGAGGUUGGACAACGAUGGAGACACGGAGGAGGCGAACGACUCUGACGAUGAAGACACCUACCUGGGAACGUUGGAGUUCACCCUGCUCUUUGAUCAGGAGAACAACUGUCUACAUUGUACUAUUAACAAAGCAAAGGGACUGAAAGCCAUGGACUCCAAUGGACUGGCGGAUCCAUACGUCAAGCUUCAUCUUCUCCCCGGGGCUAGCAAGGCAAACAAGCUACGUACAAAAACCCUGAAGAAUACACUGAACCCAGUGUGGAACGAAACGCUGAUUUAUCAUGGCAUCACAGCAGCCGACAUGACCACCAAAACGCUCAGGCUGUGUGUGUGUGACAUGGACAGACUCGGACGAAAUGAAUUCAUUGGAGAGGUGAGAGUGGCUCUGAAGAAACUGAGAGAGGGCGAGAACAAGCGCUACAAUAUGGGCCUGGAGAGAAUUACACAGAAUAAAGAAGCUAACAAUCAAACGGUGGAGCCGGGAGCGGUCGUGGCAGAGGAGGAGCGUGGCCGCAUCCUGGUGUCACUGUGCUAUAACACAGAGAAGGGCUGCCUGCUGGUUGGGAUAAUACGCUGUGCCCAUCUGGCCGCCAUGGACUCUAAUGGCUACUCUGACCCCUUCGUCAAAAUCACGUUGCAGCCAGAUAUGGGGAAAAAGUCCAAGUACAAGACUUCAGUGAAGAAAAAGACCCUCAACCCCGAAUUCAAUGAGGAGUUUUCAUAUGAAGUUACCAUGGACCAGCUGGCAAAGAAAACCCUGGAGAUCUCUGUGUGGGACUACGACUUGGGAAUGAGCAACGACUUCAUAGGUGGAGUAGAGCUGGGCAUCAAUGCAAGCGGACAGAGACUCAGACACUGGUUCGACUGUCUCAAAAACAAAGGGAAGAAAGUGGAGUACUGGCAUACGCUCACACAGCAAGGAGCCCCGAGCAGUGACAAACCGGACUAGAUUCCACAAGACAUUCAUGCACACACACAUACACACACAUACACACACACAUACACACACACACACACACACACACACACACACACACACACACACACACACACACACUGGGAGAUGGUUGAUAAUAGAUACCAAGUAAAACAGUAAUAGGAGCAAAGAAUAAAACAUGCAAUAAUAAUAAUGUUUAAAAUAAUCAUAUAACACCAAUAAUUACCGCACCCAGUAUUAGUAUAUGAUAUUCAUACUAAUAUUAGUAAAGGUAAUAAGGUGUAAUCAGAAUAUUUUUUUUAAAAAGGUGAACCAAAUUGUGACGAUGUCCUCAUUAAAGCGUUGACGUAACAAAACAAUACUCACAGAAUUGUGCUUCAGACCUUACUGUAUUGUGGAAGUCGCUCAUAUUCUGUCAUUCAAAUUUACACCUAAUGAAGAGAUUUGAGAGUAAUGUACUCAAAAUCCAUUCAGUGACUCAUAAUGUGGUAUAUAGUUACAGGAGCGGAAAUGUUAUAAAAGAGGGAUUCUGUACUGAGAAGUUUCUAUUUUAGUGGUUGUUGAUCUGAUGCAAAACAACACAGUAUUAUAAAGCACAAAAUGAUCCAUUUGGUGGAUUUGUACCUUUACCGUUUCAGUGUUCUUGUUCUUAUGUCUUUCAUUGUCUUUAAGUGACAGUGGCUUUCUAUACACCUUCAUAUCAGACAUUAACGUGUCAGUAUAUGUGUGUGAAUGUUUGUGUGUGUGUGUGUGUGCAUGAGGGCUAUGAGAAUAUGAGUGCCUACAUUUUCUGUCUGUGCAGUGCGUGUGUCUUUCUGUAUUUACAUCACGCCCCAUUCAAAAUGUCUCCAUCCAACUUCAGAAGCACAGAGGUGUGAAGAAAUAAUAACAAAGGACAAGAGAGACACAUUCAAGAGAGAAAUCCUCCGCUGCUGGCGCCACCACCACAGGCCUCAGUGGUGUGAGCGUUCCUGGCUGGGGGACACUGACAAGCUUUCAAUCAUAUGUGCCAGACCCUUUGUCAUCUCUCUCUCCCAUUGCCAGAAAGUCAUAGAGCAACUUAAAGAACGGAAUAUAUCCUGAUACGUAACCUCUUGCUGCUCUUUUUGAAUUUCCUGAUGAAAGGCUGAACGGAUGUUGCUUUUUGGAGGUGACGUUUGUACCUUCUCUUCGCUGCGGCAUUACGAACCAGAUUUCAACAGGAUCCAAGGUUUACCUCAGUGACUCCAUUUCUGCUCCAACGAAGCCGCCGAUGAUGCAACAUUUUCUCCCUGCACGGCAAUAUCGCAGCAGUAGUGUGUUAAUUUGGGAAUUCAUGCAUUUGAUUGGUCCUGUUAUUUGAUUCAUGAGAAUAGAGCUUGAAGCUUGCCCAAAAGCUUGAAAAUGUCCCUUAAUUCCACCUUUGUACAUCCUCAGACACUGUUCUUGAGAGGAUCUAAAAAGUUAUGUAAAAUACAUUUGGCUAAAUCAGCCAUUAGAGGGAGUCAUUGCUGUGAUCAAUGUUGCAUUCAUCCCAUUACUUCUGACCUAUUAAAUAUCAGGUCUACUCUAUAGUGGCAUAUAUUUCAUCCUCUGGACAGGAGACACUGGGACUACUGUGUACAUGUCUGUGAUUGCCUGCUGAGAUAAAACUGUGUAAACGAAAUGCCCCCCAUCCCCCCCCCCCCCCCUCCCCGCUACAUUUUAACCUCAGGAGGUAAAAUGUGAUUUCACCCUGCAUGCAUGGCAGCAGGGGACAGUGAACAAUCACAGGCCAGGAUCCAAGAUAUUGAAAAACUACGCCAGAUUGCACACUUUACCCACAUGCCUAUUAUGUGUCUCGAUGCACAGCUGUGCAUAUCGAUGGUGUAAGUGGGCUAGACUUUCACUGAAUCGUCUAAAUGCCUGCCAGGAUAUGAAAUGUACUCCCCUGGUUCAUCUAUCACUACAGCUCUGGCCAUGCACUGGUUCACAAAAGCACACCCACAGUCGGUCAGUGGCCUCCUUGAGUUUUUCUAACUGUUGAAUUGAUCCGGCUGCUCAUAUUCUUGGUGUCCUUCAACAACCUUGUGAAUGUCUCAUUGUUGACUGCAAAAAAUGGAUCCUUCUGUGGUGAGUUAGGUUUAGAAAAAAGGGCUUGGGCAUUAUCGAAGCUUGGAACUAAACCAUUUGGUGUAACGGUAGGCUUAAACACAUUUUUAGUUAGACCUUACAUGAAUUUAACGAGAGGAUUGGGCAAGGUUUAUUCAGUACUUUCUCUAUGCACAUCAGAAUUCCCAGCACGUCGGCAGUGAGAUAAUCAAACCAAAACAACAUUAUGUUAUCCAGGCAUCAAAGAUGAAUUUCUGGGACUACUCAGUACUUUGAUUGGAGUUAUACUGGGUGACAGUGAUCUAAUAUAAUUCACAUUUCAGGCUGGUUGGUUGCUUAUUACUGUCUCUGGAUCUGUUGGUUUUGUUUACAGUCCCCAAAUUUUCUGACUCCGCUUUGCUUACAUAAUCAUUUUAUCUGCAAUACAGCUGCAUGUUUAGCAAUCACUAACAGCUUGUAUAAUAGAGUGCAACCAUAGCUGAUUAUUCUGAAUGCUGAUGUGUUUACAGUCAAUGCCAUCAGUGUGUAUUUGUUUGUUUGUGAAUAUGAUGAUUCAGGGUAUUUUUUUGCUCAGUUGCUGUGAUUUACCAAGCAAGCUGUUGCUUUAAAAAAAAUCAAAACCUUUACUGUCACAGAUUUUGACACUUCGUCUUCCUUAAAUUGAUAUCAGUGGUAAUGAUGCAGGAGUGCAGGGGCGAAUGAAAUGGGGAAUUCACUACUGCAGUCCAUGUGUAUUCACUGGCAAUGUCAAUCACACAGUAUGGCUGCCAUCCUGUGGUGGGUUUGUGUAACUACUUCGCAAAAUAAAUUGAAGUCGUUUCA